CCCCUUCUCUCUCUCUCUCUCUCACCCUUUUCCCUCCCAUUCUUCUUCUCUUUUUUCUCUCUACUCACUACUAUACCCCCCGCUUCCGGCCACCGGCAAUCUUUUUCCGGCAAUGUCGGACCAUUCUAUAUUUGCUCCUCUUUUACCUUCCGAUCGCCUCCCACACAAAUCCAACGGAGACAAUCAAGAAUACGCGCCUGAGCCGCACGUGAUUCUCACCGUCGAAGACGAUGGGGUACAACAUCAAUUAUCAAACGGUGAUCAUCUGGGUACCCAUAUUUCGGAGGUGGAUGAUAACCCAUAUGCGUUUCUUGGAGCGAAUAGGUUCGACAUGCCCGGAUCCACCACAGUUGACCCGUUUAGGAAUAAUACACCUAGAGUUGAAGGGGUCUAUGAAUGGUUAAAGAUUGUUGUGUGUUUGCCGAUUACCUUGGUGAGGUUGGUACUUUUUGGGUUGGCUUUGAUGAUUGGUUAUGUGGCUACACGGACUGCUUUGCUAGGAUGGAAAGAUAGAAGCAGUCCUAUGCCUAAAUGGAGGUCUAGAUUGAUGUGGGUUACCCGGAUGAGUGCACGAACUAUCCUCUUUUCUUUCGGGUAUCAAUGGAUAAGACGAAAAGGAAAACCGGCACCAAGGGAGAUAGCUCCCGUUGUUGUAUCUAAUCAUGUAUCGUACAUAGACCCUAUCUUCUUUUUCUAUGAAUUAUUUCCAACAAUUGUUGCCUCUGAGUCCCAUGAUUCCAUGCCUUUCGUCGGAACCAUUAUCAGAGCUAUGCAGGUGAUAUAUGUAAAUAGAUUCUCUCCCACUUCAAGAAAGCACGCUAUAAAUGAAAUAAAGAGAAAGGCUUCUUGCGAUCAAUUUCCCCGAGUGCUUUUAUUUCCUGAAGGGACUACAACAAAUGGAAGAUCGAUUAUUUCCUUUCAACUUGGUGCAUUUAUCCCAGGAUAUCCUAUCCAGCCUGUUAUUGUGCGGUAUCCCCACGUACAUUUUGAUCAGUCAUGGGGGAAUGUAUCCCUAGCAAUGCUGAUGUUUAGAAUGUUCACACAGUUCCAUAAUUUCAUGGAGGUUGAGUACCUUCCUGUUAUUACACCUCAUGAAAAUCGGAAAGAAAGUGCUGUACGACUCGCUCAAAGGACUGGACAUGCUGUUGCAAGUGCCCUUAAUGUGGUACAAACAUCUCAUUCAUAUGGCGAUGUAUUGCUUCUUUCUAAAGCAUUGGAGGCCAAUCAGGAAAAUCCCUCGCUCUAUUUGGUUGAGAUGGCAGGGGUUGAAGCGGAAUUUCAUUUGAGCUCUUUGGAGGCUGUAGAUUUUCUGGAUGUUUUCCUUUCAAUGAACCCAGACUCCAGGGGACAGGUCGAGAUUCAUCACUUCCUCAAGGUUUUAAGACUGAAACCCUCUACUCUUUCUGAAAAGAUAUUUGGCUUCAUUGACGUGCAGAAAAGCGGUAAAAUAACAUUCAAGCAGUUUUUGGUUGGGUCAGCUCAUAUCUUGAAGCAGCCCUUAUUUCAUCAAGCCUGUGAAUCAGCCUUUACUGCAUGUGAUGGUGAUGGGAAGAACUACAUUAUGGAGAAAGAGUUUGGGGAUUCUCUUAUGCUAUCGAUUCCUGGCUUGAGUAACAAUGAGAUCCGUGGACUCUUCACCUUAUUUGAUAUAGAUCGCGAUGGGAAGAUGAGCAAGGACGAUUUCAUCGGUUGUUUAAGAAGAUAUCCAUUGUUGAUUGCCCUUUUCUCACCAUGUGUAUUGCAACAAAUUUGCCCAUAGCUGCAGAAGUGAACUAGGUUGAUGGGCAUAGGCACCAUCAAUUGGUGGAGAACCCUUUUAGGCCUUCUACCACAGAUAUGUCUAAGAAAUUUUGUUGCUUAGAUAGUGUGUUUUUAUCCUUACAAACAUGACUUGGGUGUUAUUAAUGUCCCAUUUUGAAUAGUAAAGUUGUUUGGCCAAUAGAUGUAAUGUCUUGCUUCUUCUUUUA